AUGCUGUGGCGGCGUACCCAUACGGUGCAUCGACGUCACCUCAGGCUCCGGUUGCGACAGGGCGAUCCCGGCUCUCUCAAGAGCCUGCCCAGGGGUCAGUCAGUGAGGUCAUCGAGCGGUUUCGGCAGGGCCUCCAAGGCCGCACGUUCCAACGCGCGGAGCUGGAGAGCCUCUACCACAUGCUCAACCACACUUAUAUGGACGGCGGACCCAUCCAAUCCGCAGACCUUCACGCUGGCUCAGGGGCAACCACGUACGCAAGUCCAGCGUGUCACGGCGGGCGGCGAGCAGACAGGAGGCUCCGGCGGCCUCCGCUCGCACGCUCACACAUACGGUGCGCCGGGGGGCAUGGCGGGACAGCCCGACACCUUCGUCAUCCCCAUCGACCACCAGCCCCCUCCCCCACCCACCCCACCCCCAGACCAACAGCGCGCGUCCUGGUGGGCGCGAAUGGCCAACAUAGGCGGUAGAGCAUUUGCCAGCAGUCAGACUCCUGCACACGCGUCGGCGAACGCGUCAGCCCCUCCCCAACACGCCACCACCGACGACUCUGGGCCCUUCUACUCGCCAGAGACACCGGCGACGGCGCCGGUCUACCAUCCAUCCGUCCGGGCAGACCCGGAGACGGCGAGGAGAGCCAGAGAGAGCGUGACGGUGGGCGCCACCCACCCAGGGGUGGACAUGGCACUCGAGGACAUUGAGAGGGCGCUGGCGUGGCAUCUCGAGCGGCAGGUCCAGGUCCAGGGGGAGCUCGAGAGAGCCUACCAAGACCGAGGGCAUGAAGGGCAGCGCAGAGAGAGGCUGGCCCAGCUCCACGAGAUGAGUCGUCAGAUCGGACAGGACGUCGAGACGAGUCGGCAUCGACGCAUGGAGCGCAUCCAAUACCUCAGCGACCAGGCCCUGCAGGCCGGGCAGCCGGGGGGGGACGCCCAUGUCGGGGCAGGGGGACAGACUGACGGUGACCCACUCAGCGGCAGCGGCGCCAUCCGGAGGCGCCCAGCAGCACAACACCGGCCAGCCCCCGCCCCACCACCACCACCACCAAGCCAUGGUUUGGCGCCACUUCUGCCGCAACCGGCCCCAGCGGGUGGCCGGCGAGCGGGCACUGCACAGCCUCUGAGUGGGAGUGCGGCUGCAUCUUCCGUCCUGCCCCCAGUGGAGGGGAGGGCGGGAGGCGGCCAGGGGCAAUGUGCACAUGGCGAAGGGGUGGAUGGGGAGGCAUCGCGUGGGCAGGGGACGGGGAGCAGCCACCGGCGCUCGGCGUCAGAGCACCCUGACCCACACGAUGGCUCUCGGCGCCAAGGGCGUGGCGUCGAGGUGGACAAUGCCAGUCAUGGUGUUAGAGGUGAUGAUAUGGGAGGGAGUAGCGUGACCUACCGCGGUGCUGACUUCUCGACACAUCGCAGUCCGCAGAGGAGCACAGACGGCCACCCGCGGCCCCGCAGCACCUCACGGCGUCGCCACAAGACGGCUGAGGAGAGGAAAGAGGAGAAGAUGGACUCGGAGUUGAAGCUGCCGGCACUCCUCGAGUACGACAACAAAGUCGGCGGCAAGUGGCACCGGUGGAAGACGCAGGUCGAGAUCUUCUUCACCUACUACCUGGAGCAGGAGAAGGUCCUCACCCAGGGUCCCUGUGGCAGCGACAGCCCGGCAGUCCAGAAGGCGCGGACGCAGCUGUUUGGCCACCUCCACAACCGCCUUGACAUGACGAUCUGGGCUGCCGUCAAGUCCAUGAUCGGCACGGAGGCCCUCCUGGCCAAGAACGGCACGGCGGCGUGGCAGGCACUCCAGCAGUGGAUGGAGCCGCGUACCGAAUCGUAUCUGGAGGAGCUGCACAAGAAGCUGAACACCCUGCCCAGGGCAGCGACGGCCGAGCUGGCCGCCAUCCAGAUUCGGGGGCUCGAGGCGGAGAUCCUCGAGGCGGGCGGCCAACUGGACUUGGACCCCACUCGCCUCCACCGCUACAUCUGCACGAUGCCGGACAACAUGCUGCCCGCCAUCCAGCACAUCAAGACCGUCAGGCAUCAGCUCAAGGAUGUCUUCGAGCAGCAGCGCCAACAGCUGAUGGCCUGCGGGAUCGCUGUCCCCGAUAACCAUCCGGUGGUCCCUGACCUGACGCUCGAGUCCCUCGCUCAGCAGGUCGAGAAGCUGGAGAAGGAGCCCAACACCAGCCUGGACCACCUGCACAUACCCGGCCUGACCAGCAAGGCGAGCAGCACGCCGAGUGGGGCAUACUUGGCCAACAGCAACAACAACAGGUCAGGUGGGGGCCAGAGCGACCAGCACAAGGGCAGUAGCGGUGGUGGCGGCAACAAGGGCGGCCAGAAGGGCAAGAGCCGUCCCUCUGGGUCGGCCCCGGAGGGCAAGAUGUUCGCGCCGGUCAAGCAGAAGGGUGACGGCGGAGGCCAGCAGACGCAGCAGGGCACAGGAGCGUCAGCGUCUGGUGGGGGCAAGAAGGAGAAUCCACCGGGGCACGGCAACCACGAGAACCUCAAGAAGCCCACGCCGGCGGAGGCAGGGGUCACUCAGGUUGAGUAUAGCAAGAGGUGUGCGGAGGGCAUGUGUCCGUAUUGCGGCAAGGGCGCCCACGAGUAAGUGCUACACGUAUCGGGAUUACCUCCGCAAGAAGGGCAAGGACAUCCCCAAGACGUGGGCUGCCAAGCAGUGCGGUGGGGGAAAGAGCAGCGGUGGUGGUGGUGGUGGUCAUGCCGUCAGACUGGCCAUCAUGGACGAGCCGGCACCGCCUGCAGCCUCCGACGACACGCCGACACCACCCCACCCACCAGGGCCGACCCCCAGCACCACCCCGGACGAGUCAGCAUACUACACUCGCACGGAGCUGACGGCCGGCACCGACUUCUCGGUCAAGGGCAAGCUUGGCUUCGACUUCGAGAAGGACCAUCUGCAGCUGCCUGACCUGGAUGAGGACGACAAAGUCAUCUUGCUGCUGCAGGACGGCAGCCAGUACGUUGUCAUGGACGGCGGCGCAUCGACGCACAUCUUCAAGGACAAGAGGUUCCUCAUCCCUGGCUCAGAGCGGCCCACUCCGGGACUCACCAUCAAGACGGCACAUGAGGGCCACGACCUCAAGAUCCUGUGCAGGGGCGAGGCCAUCAUCAUCGUCAUCGACAAGAACGGCCAGCACUUGCCGAUGAAGCUGGCCCCGAUGUACGUCGCUCCCGACUGCCCUGCCACGCUCAUCAGCGAGCGUCAGCUGCAUACAAGGGGUGGUGGUGUCCACAAGGUCGCGGGGGAGGCCGACCAGGCCUACCUCUACUGGCAUGUGAUAGGCAUCGACGGCAUUCGGCAGACCCGUGUCGUCCCCCUGGACUGUGUGACUGGCGGAUAUCGCUUGAUGGUGCGGCCGUGGACAGAAGACGACGACAAGAGGGCAGAGGAGAUGGCGGCGUACGUCACGGUGGGCGAUUCCAUGGAGACGUCAUGGGAUGUGCUGCUGGCGGGUGGGGGCCGCACACAUGAUGAUGAUGUGAGCUCGAGCGACUCAAGCGACGGCGAGAGUGAUGGUGACGGUGCGGACGGGCUAGACAGGGACGUGUGUGAGGCUGAUGGAUGCGAGGCUGAUGCGGGCAGACAGCUAUCAGAGGUGAUCAUGACCAACAAGGAGCGAGAGAACCUCCGCAACGCCUUUGAGCUGCACAAGUGUGCCGGCCACAAGGGCUUCGACGCGCUCUUGAAGCUAUCGAGAACCCUCCGUGGCGCCAAGCCCGUCGACAAGGUCGCCUGAGGGGCCAGCUAGGCACCCUGGGGUCAACAGCCAUCCUGGUCCUCGUCUUCGUGUGUGCCUACUCCAGCUACACGGUCUCCUACUCGGCCAACUACAAGACGGAGGCGGCCGACAUAUUCAGGCACUUCCACCGAGAGACGAGCAUCAUCCAGGAGAUCAACGGCCCCAUCCGCGGCAUCUCCGUCGACCCAGGCAGUGAGCUGUGUGAGCCCAACGCCCCGUUCGGCAAGGCCAUAAAGGAGCUCGGCAUCGAGGGGCCCAUCGUCACGCCAGCCCGCCGACACGAACACCACGGCAAAGCUGAGAGGGCGAUUGGCGUCCUGGGCGAGAUCGGCCGGACGGUUCCGGUGGCCAGCGGGCUGGACGCCACCCACUGCGGCCAGUACGCCUGGCAGUAUGCGGUGCAGACCUACAACAUGACGGCACUCGUCAAGCACAACGGGCAGACACACACAUCGGAGGGCUGGUGCUUCGAGGGCCGCGACCCGCACGUACACCACCUCCACCCCUUUGGAUGCAGCGCGACCGUCCUCAUCCCCAAGGAGCGUCAAGGUCAUCGCCUGUAGCCUCGGGGGGAGGCGGGGGUGUUUCUGGGCUUUGACCCCGACAACAAGGACACUUCACUCGCAUCUAUCGAGGCAUCGACGUCAAGUUCGAUCACUUCUUCUAUCCCCUCAACCCAUCCCCGUAUCCAGGGCUACGUUUGUCGGGAGCAGUGAGUCGGGUGGGGGCGAGACGUCGACUCGCUUAGGGGGUGCUGCUGGGGCGGACGGAGACACCACCCAGCAGCAGCAGCAGCGACAAGUGCAGCAGCCCCCAUCGCAACCCGUGCAGCUGAAAGUAGCGGAGCGACCUCAGCGAGAUAGGAGGCCUCCGGCACGGCCCUCGGACGAGGGAUAUCAGUGGCAUCGCCCCGCAGCCCCGCCGCGACAAUCGACACCUCGCUCUCAGCAGGACGGCCACCCUGCUGCUGGUGUGCAGAUGGAGGAGGAGACCGUGUCGGGCGGGGUGCAGCCGGACGGCGAGAGCCGGGCUGCUGUUGAUAAUGCUGGUGUCGAGGCGGGUGAGAGCCCAGCCGCUGAGCCCGUGCCUCAGCAGGGGCGUCUUGGGGGCGAGGGCGCCGAGAUAGUCGUACGCGUAGGGGUGGAGGAGCUCAGCAACACGGCCAGCAAGCCACUAGCGCAGCCCUCUCCCAUCCAGCCGUCUGAUCAGACGGCCGUCUCACCCACACCACCACCCCCAGCGGCUCCAUCUCAGACUGGUGACGCCCCCCACAACCGCAGCGACGUGUACUGUGCCGAAGGCAACGAGCAGCCGGCCGAGUACAGGGGCAAGGCGUUCAACAAGUGGAUGCUGCCAUGCCAUCCCAUGUGGCCAUGCACCUACAAGAACCUCACUGCCUACCAGCGGCCGCGGGUUAAGGAGCUACGCCGCUACCUGGCUGCAGCGGGCAAGCCGGCAUGA